AGGAGUCGACCGGAGACAAGAAUGAGUGGAUAGUGUUUGUGUAGUGUGUGGAAAUCUCACAGGUGUCGGAGUCUGAAGUGCAGCGUUGUUGAGCUGUCUGCGUUAUUAUUUCUCUCGACGAAAAAAGCGGGAAAGUUGCAUAUUCACGCACACUUACACGCGCUGCCUACUAAAUUAGGGUCCGAAGGGCAAAAGUGAUUAUAGCAACUUGAAGUAAACUUACCACAUUUGACUGGUUAAAACGUUUACUUAUCGAUAUUUCUGCAAUUCAAGUCUUGUGUUGGAGGGACGACAGGAGUCUUCGCGUGCAGAUGAUGCUCGUGAAUUUCACGCACCUUUAAUUGGCUUCCAAACUUUACAAAUUUUAGGACGGACAUCUGAGGAAGAUUUCUAUUUCUAAGUAAACGGAGUACAUUAUCGUUCAAGUGAGGUUGGAUUUUUCCAGUCCCACCAGCACCUACAGAAGAGGAUCACCCAUCAAUUUUUCCAAACAUCCAUACAAAUAAAUAAUAAUAAUACACAAGGAUCAAUACAUUGUGGCUCAUCAGGUUUUGAGGCAGGGCAUUGGACAAACACACGCCCAGAUUUCAUUGUGCGGGAGAAUUUUAGCACACCAGAAAAUCUUGAAACGUGGAACGGAUAAAAGAUUAUCACACUUUAAAGCGAGCAUUUGGCAUAACUAUCAGGUGUUUCGUUGGCUUUGGACCGAAUUUUGUUACGCAAGCAUAAACCUUUAUGAACUGAAUUUUGUAAUUGUUUAUUUUCCAGCUUGCCACUGCCUAUAAGAAAUCCUAAGUGGACAGAACUUGAAGUAGGAAAACAAAAAAGGUUAAUAUUGUUCAUUUAUGCAAAAAAGAGCCUUAAAUAGCUUAUUGCGUAUUACAGAAUUCUCUGUACAUUAUAUGGUAGCAAUUACCCAUACGGUAAUGUAAGAUUGUUAUUAGAAAAUUAUUUUUGAGCUACCUUAUGUUCUUGCAUCUAGUGACCCUAUAACCAUCCUUUAUUGUUUUCUGUGCCGCACCUUUCUGUUGCAGCCUCCACUGUUCCUUUCCAUUCUCUACCAGAUCUUUUGUCCGCUUUCCACCCUGUCCUACCACUAAUCCCUUCGCACCCGCUCCUUUCUGUAUGCAUCGUCCUCUUCUUGGUCUCUUUGUCUCAUCCAUAAAUUCAUCUAUUACUCUUCUCCCUAUUGGCCAUAUUCUUCUAUAGGCGUCUGUGGUGUGUCUUUCCUUUGUGUACCCAAACGCACACUCCCAAACCAUUUUUUACACUUUAGCAAGUUUUCUCUCCACCUCGACUUUUCACGCUGGCGGGUACUAUUCCACCCAAAGGAGAGGAGGACUUUUUAACGCUUGCUGCCUCCCGGCUCAGCCGCCGCAAGCGUGUCAUAGGAGCGGGCGUGGGUGUAGCCAUGGUUCUGAUCCUACUGAUCGCCAUCCCUUUACUGGUCCAUAGCACUAAGGGAGGAGGAGCUGGCAAUGCAGGAAGCCAUUAUGAAAUGCUAGGAAGUUGUCGGAUGGUUUGUGACCCCUACACAACGUCUCAUGGCCAGGAGCUAACUGCUGUUUCACCAGUACCCCCUGAUUUUCCAAACCGGAGGGGAAAAUCGGGUUAUCGGGGACCCCAGGGAAUCCCGGGACCACCUGGUCCACGAGGACCACCUGGAGAGCCAGGAAAGCCAGGUCCGCAAGGGCCCCCGGGUCCUGGCCCUGGUGGUUAUGUCCCAUCAUUCUACAGUCCUAAGAUUGCUUUUUAUGCAGGCCUACGCAAGCAGCAUGAAGGCAGUGAUGUGCUCAAGUUUGAUGAUGUGGUAACCAAUGUCGGCAACUACUAUGAGCCCAGCACUGGCAAAUUCACAUGCCCUCUACCUGGCAUCUACUUCUUCACAUACCAUGUUUUGAUGAGAGGAGGCGAUGGGACCAGCAUGUGGGCAGACCUCAAGAAAAAUGGACAGGUGAGGGCCAGCGCUAUCGCCCAGGAUGCCGAUCAGAAUUAUGACUACGCCUCCAACAGCGUGAUCCUGCAUUUAGACGUGGGAGACGAGGUGUGUGUGCAGCUGGACGGAGGGAAAGUCCACGGCGGAAACACCAACAAAUACAGCACGUUCUCCGGCUUCCUCAUUUACCCCGACUGACCUGCUCAGUUCCUCCGUAAUGCUGCUCUAUAGACACAUAUAAAGUACUGUGCAUAAACACACACACACACAUUUAAAUACACACAUGCAAUUACCCACACGCUCAACGGGCUUGAAAGAAACGGACGAGUAAUGAAGUACAAGGGCUUCACAGAUGGGAACUAUUAAACUAUAGCCUACCUUCACAAAAGCAGGUGGAUUCCUGACACGCUGUUUGUGUUGUGUGUAAAUUAUAAUCUUCAACCUAAUACAAAGAGAACUUCCCAAAAUUAAAAUGCAUAUAUAUAUAUAAAUGUCUAUAUCUAUCCUGAACUCUGACACGCUGUCAAAUUUUUAUCCAUUACAUUGUGUGCUUGUCAAUGUACUUGUCUUUACAUUUUGUGUAUCUGUCAGAAUCAGUCACUACGAUUCACAGAAAUGAGAGAAGUUCUGUUCACUCUCGGAGUUUAGUUAACAUGCUUUAUGAUGUUUCGAUAACAGAUGCAUUUACACAUGGCUGGGCUUGGGACAGACAAAACCGGUUAUUAAAUGUACUCAUCACCAUUCAGACAGCCAGUCCAAAUAGCGUAACACAGCGUAGUGAUUAAGUCUUCUGGUUCAAUACAUUUGACUUAAAGUCACUCGGAAAUAUGACGUGUAUGUGUGGUCACACAGGAGCGAAAUUAAACACCGAACGGCUCACCAUAGCCACAUGGAUGGAUUUCUGAUAUGUGUAAAGAACCUGGCCCAGACCAAAUAAUUAAUAUAUUGAGCUGGACUGAGUAGACCCUUCCAUUUAAUCCAAUACAAUUUAUUUAUUAAUACGAAACUUACCUCUUUCUAAGCAAAAUGUUUUAACAUAAAACUAAAUAUGACUUUUAUUACUAUUUAAGGCUAAGAUGUUUUAUCCCACUAGAGAGGUUAUGUUAUAAUAUAGGAAAGUUUAAUUGAUCCUAAUUAAUUACAAUCUAAAACUCCGGUUUUGAAAUCAAAAUGUGAAAAGUUAUCAGUUGACAUGCACAUAAAAUUAAUAUCACAGUCACAAAAUGUUUUAUUUGAAUUUAUUUAUAAAGUAUAUAUUUUAACAUAAAUUUAUUAAUUGUUUAUUUUAAGCAUAUUAUUAUUAUAAAAUAUAUUUAUAUUAUUUAAUAAUUAAUUUAAUUAAAAUAAAUUAAUUUUUUUAUGUUAGUUAAUUUGCAAAGUAUAGAUUUUGUUUGUCAAUAAAGGAAAAAAACAUAUAAAACAUACAAGGCUUUAACUUUUGAUAAAAACAGCACACAUCUACAUGUAACUAUGAUUUUAUAGACUUACUUUAUAGAUACACAAUAUAUAAUCCUUAUAUUUUAACAUUUAAACAGAAACAGUUGCUGACACAAGUCAAGCCAUGUGCAAAUACGCUGAUAACAUAUCAAAACAAAUAAAAACAUUCCCUAUUAAUAAACAAUUCAUUAAUAAACAAUAUU